CCGUUCUGUUUCAGUUGUUGUAGAGUCUGAAUAUCCAAGAGACAUGGAAGUAGUAUAUGCAGUUGUGGAUAAAGUCAAAGAUAAAACUAAAUCAAGUCGUGGACAAGGCCAAACAACAGACACACCUCGAGGCCGGCAAACAAUGAACGAUUAUUACGAGAAGGAUCAAAGGACAGAAGAAGACCCCGUCUACACUAACACUACUAAUAUUAAAUUCAAGAAGAAGGAGCACCUUGCCACAGCACCAAUUAAUGCCGCAGGGACAAAGAACUUACCCAGCCCUUCCUCAAGUUCCCAGACGGUUGAUAACGGUAGAUGGGAGAACGAUGACGGUUUGAUUUACGUCACACCUUUCUUUGAUGUCGGCGGUCAGGUGAGGCGACCUCUACAUCCGAGGAAGGAGGAAGCAGACUACUGCACACUUCGCAUGAUUCAAACCAAGAUGUCUGCCUCUGAUGAAGACUCAGACCAUUGAGACCAUGUUUG